GCCCUCAUCGGGCUGCUGAAAGGACAGCUCGACAGGUGCGGUCCGGAGCACCUGCACGGGCAGCCGACGUUCACGCCAGCCUGCCCCGAGCCUGGGCACACCCGGCUGGAGCUAGGCCUCUCGCUCGUGCUCGGACUGGUCCUGGGCGCAGUGCUCCGCGAGGCCCUGGAGACCCUGCAGGUGGGUACACGGGUCCUCGCCUACUACGAGCAAGAGGACAACUACUGGCAUGAACGGAUCCUGGUCGGCAGGAUCACUGCGACCAGAUGGGUGGUGGUCACACCACAUUUUGACAUCUACGAGGAAGACUUCGCGGACGCCCUGCAGCUCUGCCCAGUCGGCCCCCUCGGGGGCUUGCCCACGAAGCUCUCUGGCCACAUCCUCCGCAUGGACAUGGACCGCUACAAGAGGAACGAAGCGAGGUUGCUGGCAGAGGGCAAGCAGCUGGCUAGCGAGAUCCGCCGAGAGGAGGGCCUCCCCGACGAGCCACAUGGGGCGCUCGCGCCACCGCCUGCACCUGGUGGGGCUCUCUUGGAUCGGGCUGACGCUGGUGGCGCUCCUCGCUGGGUUGCCUUGGAGGCUCGCGCUGGCUACCGACCAGGUGACGAGCUUCCAGCAGGGUCCGUGCCCGUCGCCAUUCUUGGAGAUCGGGGCAUCUGCGAGCUUGCCGACGGAACCAAGCUGGCAGUCGCGAAGGCCGACACCUAUGAGGGCACUCCCACCCCCCGGCAGGAGCGUCAAGCUGCAGAGCAGGAUCUUCGGACUCUCCCCGUCAAGUACGACUCCGGCGGCUCCAGGGUCAGGGACUUCGCCGAGGCGGUGGACAUCAUGUCCUCCAACCCGCAGCUGGACUUCCCUGUCCUCGGGCCGCGGACGACCCUGUGGCUGGUGCAGCAGUUCAGGCGGCUGGGCCAGACUCCCCUGCAGCGACAUAUGUGGUGGAGGCAGACCCAGAACCUCACCGCCGCAGAUGCUGGAGUUGAUGAACAUCAGUUCCUUUCAGAGCUGCUGGAGAUGGGCGCCGAAAAGGACCAACUCAAUGAGGGCGAGCUCGCGACCUUUGAAGCUGUGUCCCGACGGUGCCAACUCUGGGAGGAAGUCUAUGCCAACAGACUUCGUGCGCACGAGGCGGGCGCGGACGUGAAGAACAUAUUCUUUGCUCGAGGUGGUGUGGAAGAGAACAGCGCAACCAGGAGGCGGCAGGAUCAGUGGCUACUCGACGGCAUCACCUCCCUCAACGAGCUGGGGGGGCAGGGGCGCCAUGUGCCUGCCCUCGCCCCGCUGACGGCGGCCCAGCGUGCUGCGGUGAGGCGGCUGGCCACGACCUACGGCAAGUGGUCGCCGCCCGUUGAUCGCCCUAGUCCCCAUGAAGCGUGGGCGACGCUACAGGGUCUCAGGCCUGGCUACUCUGAAGUCGAGGCCUCCGGUUCUCGAGCAGUCUACCAGCGGGGAAAUAUCUCUCUCCCCAAGAUCGGCGCGGGCAAGGUGGCUCUUACGGAGGUCCUCCCCGCUGAACUGCAGAACAAGCUGGAGACUGGGCGCGGGCUGUUGCGAUCCCCAGUGGAGGCAGCAGCGCUAAUUCGUGAUGCAGGUGCUCCUCGUGCCAUGGGCCCGAAGCUCGGGCGGCUCGGCUACGACUACGGCCACGCGCUGGGGGAGCUCUACACCUCUGGAGUGAUCGAGGCCAGCUCGGAGCCAGUGUUGGAGGAAGCUGGCAUGUUUUUUGUGGCUCGCAAAGACAAGCGGUUGCGUCUCGUCUGCGACGCCAGGACACCCAACAUGCACUUUACCACUCCAGAGCACACGGCGCUCGCGACGGGCGAGGCGUUAUCCUCGCUGGAGGCGUCGGGAGUCACUAUGAUCGGCAUGAGUUCUGGAGACGUCGACAGCUGUUUCUAUCAAUAUGCAUUGCCGCCCUGGUGCAGGCGCUACUUCAACCUCCCGCUGAUCGAGAGUCGCUUCCUGCCACCAGAGGUUCGGAGCGCCUGCGGGCUGACGGUGAAGAGCGGCCAGGUUCGCUUUCGAUUCAAGGUGGUGACCAUGGGUUGGAGCUGGGCAGUGCACUUUAUUCAAGAAGCACACCUUCACCUCGUCAAGUCAGUUUUGCCAGCGCAGCCGUGGUGCUUGGACAAGUGCCCCGGCAUCGACUUGAACUCUGAGGAUGCCAAGGUCCUGUACGUAGACAACUUUGCUGUGCUGUCUCAGUCGUCCGACCGUGCCGCCACCGCCGUCGCCGACAUGCAGGCGGCCCUCGCGGCCAAGGGCGUGGUCUCAGAGCUAGACCCCGCCCCAGCCGGUCGCGGCGAGCUGCUGGGAUGCGAGCUCGACCUGCAGACGGGCUGCUGGCAUGUGCUGGGCCGCCGGCUAUGGCGGGUCUACGGUGCCCUCGAGCAUGUCCUCUCGGGUCGGGCCAAGGUCUCUGGCCAAGAGCUUGAGCGUCUGAUUGGCCACCUGGUCUCCAUCCUGAUGCUGCGUCGGGAGGGGCUGGCCAUGCUGCACUCCUCAUGCGAGUUCGCGCAGGCCUCCUACUCCAAGAAGCAGCCGCUCUGGAAAAGCGUGGCCCGUGAGAUGGGCUGGGUCAAGGCGCUGCAACCUUGUCUUCGGGCCGACACCCGGCGCCCGUGGAGCGAGGUGGUCACUUGCUUCGACGCGCCCCCCUGGGGCUACGGCAUCGUGGAGACCGACUGGGACCUCAAGGACGUGCAGCGCGUCGGCCGGGUCUCCGAGCGCGCCCGAUUCCGAGGCGUGCUCGCUGCCGAGGGCGCCCCCCGCGAGAGGGCGCUGGAGCAGGAGAUGGCGCGGGCGCCAGAGCCCGCCCUCCUGCUGGCAGGUCGUUCGGCAGGUUUCCCGGAGGUCGACUACGGCAAGAUGCACGCUCGGCCCUGGCGCGUAGUUGGCAGCGGCCGCUGGAAGCGCAAGGGGGCCAUCCACGGGCUCGAGGGGGCCGCUCUGAGGUGGGCCGUCCGCCGGGCAGCUAAGGCCCCGAGAGCGUGCAUGGAGGUGGCGACGCUCCGGGCGGCGCCGCCCAUGCCGGUGGCCUCGGCGAGCUGCCGCUCCGGCCCUCGCGCGCCGAGCGAGCGCAGGAGCCGUUCGCCUCGCCGCCCGGGCAGCCGCUGCCAGGGCAAGCCGAGGCGGGCCGUGGUCCCGGCGCUGGCCGGGCCCGGGAGCAGGCCAGACUUGGCUGGGCGGCGCGCAAGGCUUGGCCUCAGUCACUCGGAGAGCGACUUCGACCUGAGGAGGCGCCAGCUGUGCCCGCGCCAGACCCGCCUUGCGGCCGCCAAGGUCAGGCCUCGCACGCAGGAGCUUUACCUCGGGAUGAUCCUCGGCUUGGUGCGCUGGCUGAAUAUGGCCUUCCUCCCGGACUGGCCGCGCCGCACGUGGGGCGAGACGCUGGCAGAGUACGCCGAGUCAGUCUGCGACCGCGGGGGCUCCAAGGCGUCUACUCAGCGGCUGGCCCCGGCGCUGCUCUGGGCGGAGCCCGCCCUCCACAGGGCUGGGAUCCGCGAGGUCUUCCCCCUGACGCACCAGACGCUGAAGGGCUGGAACGUCCUGGAGCCGUCCAAAUCCAGACCGCCCGUCCCGUUCUUGGUGGUGCGGGCAGUGGCCUGCUGGCUGUGCCGGGCUGGGAAGCCGCUCAGUGGCUUGGCCGUUCUGAUCAUGUUCGAGACCUACGUGCGCCCCUCGGAAGUGCUGGCCCUGCGAGCAAGGCAAGUAGUCCUGCCACUGCCAAAGGAGGGAGGCGCAUCGGUUUUCUUGACGUUCGUGGCGCGGGCCUCGGAAUACGAGAUCCCGACCAAGACCAACGAGUACGACCUCUCAGUCCCACUCGACCUUCCCAGGCAGCAGUGGAUGGUGGAUCCAAUCUCCUUUGUGCAGGCCCUUCGCGGGCCAGACGACCUCUUCCUGGGCCUGGGCUACAACCAACUGGCGGGGGACUUCCAGA